AUGGCGCAAAAUAUCAUAUCUGAGAUCGCGGAGGAAGUGUGUGCCCUCUCUCAAAAGUACGACAAGUGGUUUGUCGUCACCGGAAGAGUAUCUGAACUGCAUUUGGACGUCGUUAGCAAGGGUGAGGAAGGAGGUUGGUCUGCCAUUGUCAUCGCUAUUCAGGUGAAAAAUGAUUAUGUGCAACAAGUUAAGGAAGGAGAUAACAUAGAAACAGAUGUGGCUGCUGAAAAUGAACAAGAUGAGACAAAUAGUGAUAAUGACAGCGAUGAUGAGGAGUUUAUUCCGUCUGAUAUUGAGGUUGAUAGUGCAGACGACGUUCAUUUUAUAAAUAGUGAAGAGGAAUAUGAUGAUGCGAGUGGGUUUGAGGAAUUGACAAGUGCCAAGGAUAGUGAGAGGGUUGAUAAAGGCAAAAGGGUUAUAAAUGGUGAUUUUAGUGAUGAGGAAGGCUUCAAUAGCGAUGAAGUGAAUUUGGAGUAUGAGGUUGGUGGUGGUUCAGAUGAUGAGGAUGGACAAAGGGAAGAUAACUAUGAGGCGAUAGCUAUCCAAUUCAUAAGGAUGUUAAAGACAUGA